CAAAAUUGCAAAUUACCAGGAUGAAGUUUUCAUCGAUAUCUCCAACAAUCCUUCUCUUCUUGAUAUGGCACUUCAUUACAUCAGGUAAACUCGGAGAGGUGGAGGCAUGCACCAUCUACAUCAAUAACAAAUGCCCCUUUCCUAUAUGGCCAGCAACAGCUCCAAAUGCAGGCCAUCCAGUUAUAGCAAACGGCAGCUUCUACCUUCCGCCAGGCCGAAUUCGCAGAAUCGGUGCCCCAGGGGAUUGGAGCGGACGCAUUUGGGCUCGAACUGGUUGCAAUUUCGACGAUCCCACCAAUCACAAACCUGCCUGUGAAACUGGCGAUUGUGACGGAAAACUCGAAUGUGAAGGAACCAUAGGCCUUCCUCCAGUUACACUAGUAGAAAUGUCUAUACAAUUUGACAAAAGACAACCAAGUUUCUAUGAUGUGAGCUUAGUUGACGGAUAUAACCUCCCUGUUUCUGUAACAUCAAAACCUUCAGCAUCAAAGUGCGUCAUUGGAAGUUGCUCGAGAAACUUGAAUGCCAUGUGCCCAUCAGAGCUUCAGGUUAUAAAUGAUGAAGGACAAGUGGUGGCGUGUAAAAGUGCUUGCUUGGCAUUCAAUCUCGACUCAUUUUGUUGCAGGAACAAAUAUGGGAGCCCCGACAAAUGCAAGCCAAGUGUGUACUCGAGUUUGUUCAAGAAAUCUUGUCCCUCUUACGUUACUUAUGCUUUUGACACACCUUCACCUGUGGUUGGCUGUUCAUCCGAUCAAUUUGUCAUAACUUUCUGUCCAGAUAAAUGGGGCACCGAACAAUAUUCGUCUACUUGAUUGAAUUGUUCCUCCUCGUUUUACUAUUGCGGCUUCUCCCUUAUACAAUCAGCAAUCAUGUUAAUCUUUAGUUAGAUGUAAUAGUGUCAUCUUGUACACAAAAUAAUCUUGAGUCUACAUUCUGAUCAACUCCUUAGUAAAUUAUAGCAGCAUGGCUAGAGUGGGUUACUAUUUACUAGGUUCCCCACCGGCCAUAGUGCUUUAUUUUCAUCAAUAAGAUAAAUGAAUACAACCUUCUAUUCUUUUUUUCCUUAUAA